UCCCCUCUGUUCUCUAGGAAGUGCCCUACACCGGGCUGCGACGGGUCAGGCCAUGUGACGGGGAGGUUCACAGCCCAUUACUGCCUCUCAGGGUGUCCGCUGGCAGAGAAGAACCAGGGCAGGCUGAAGGCCGACUUGUCUGACACCGAGGCCUCGACUCGCAAGAGGAGCCCCAUGGGUUUCCCUCAGCGAAAGAAAUCUCGGCACCACGGGAGAGGGAGACCUCCAAAGUACCGGAAGAUCCAGCAGGAAGACUUCCAGACUAUUUCCUCAGACAAUAUGCACCAGUCACUCUUCAUGUCCGCCCUGUCCGCCCACCCCGACCGCUCCCUGUCCCUGUGCUGGGAGCAGCACUGCAAGCUGCUGCCGGGGGUGGCUGGCAUCACAGCAGCCACGGUGGCCAAGUGGACCAUUGAUGAGGUUUUCAGCUUUGUGUGGACUCUGACGGGUUGUGAGGACCAAGCCAAGCUCUUCAAGGAUGAGAUGUAA